AUGGCGGCUCCAGACGUGGAGGCGGAGCCGGAGCUGGAGCUCAGAGGCCCUGAGAUCGUCACCAUGGGCGAGAACGACCCGCCGGCCACCGAAGCCCCCUUCUCCUUCCGCUCGCUCUUUGGCCUUGACGACCUGAAGAUAAGUCCUGUGGCGCCGGCCCGAGGCUGCGCGGCGCCCUGCACGCCUGCUCCUCUCUGGUUCGCAGACGCAGACGCGGUGGCUGCACAGAUCCUGUCGCUGCUGCCCUUGAAGUUUUUUCCAGUCCUCGUCGUGGGGAUCAUCGCGCUGAUUCUGGCGCUGGCCGUCGGCCUGGGCAUCCACUUCGACUGCUCUGGGAAGUACAGGUGCCGCUCCUCGUUCAGGUGCAUCGAGCUGUCCGCGCGGUGCGACGGGGUCUCGGACUGCAAGCAAGGGGAGGACGAGUACCGGUGCGUCCGGGUGAGCGGCCAGCACGCGGCGCUGCAGGUGUUCACGGCUUCUGCGUGGAGGACCGUGUGCUCCGACGACUGGAGAGCGCGCCACGCCGAGGUCGCCUGCGCCCAGCUGGGCUUCCCAAGCUACGUGAGCUCCGACGACCUCAGCGUGCACCUGCUGGAGGAGCGGUUCCAGGGGGACUUCGUGUCCGUCAAUCACCUCCUGCCGGAUGACAAGGUGACGGCGCUGCAGCACUCCGUGUACGUGAGGGAGGGAUGUGCCUCGGGUCGUGUGGUCGUCUUGAAGUGCACAGCCUGCGGCCUGAGGCUGGGCUACAGGGCGCGCAUCGUCGGCGGGAACGCGUCGGCGCUGGCGCAGUGGCCCUGGCAGGUCAGCCUCCAGUUCCAGGGCUACCACCUGUGCGGGGGCUCGGUCAUCACGCCCCUGUGGGUGGUCACCGCCGCGCACUGUGUCUACGACCUGAACCUCCCCACGUCCUGGGCCGUCCAGGUGGGUCUGGUUUCCCUGCUGGACAGCCCGGCCCCCUCCCACCUGGUGGAGAAAAUCGUCUACCACAGCAAGUACAAGCCCAAGAGGCUCGGCAAUGACAUCGCCCUGAUGAAGCUGGCCGGGCCCCUCACCUUCGACGAGCUGGUGCAGCCAGUGUGCCUGCCCAACUCCGAGGAGAACUUCCCGGACGGGAAAGUGUGCUGGACGUCGGGAUGGGGGGCUACGGAGGACGGAGGAGACGCCUCCCCUGUGCUGAACCACGCGGCUGUCCCGCUGAUCUCCAACAAGGUCUGCAACCACAGGGAGGUUUACGGCGGCGUCAUCUCGCCGUCCAUGCUGUGUGCCGGCUACCUGAGGGGCGGCGUGGACAGCUGCCAGGGUGACAGCGGGGGCCCCCUGGUGUGCCAGCAGAGGAGUCUGUGGAAGCUGGUGGGAGCCACGAGCUUCGGCAUCGGCUGUGCCGAGGUGAACAAGCCGGGGGUCUACACCCGCAUCACCUCCUUCCUGGACUGGAUCCACGAGCAGCUGGAGAGGGACCUGAAAACUUGAAGAGUGAGGGGGCAGCGGCCACCUGAGCUCCCGGGACUCCCGUCUGGGGACGGUGGCCGUGCACACGUGCCCUCCGCAGAGCCAGGGCCCCUCCUCCCCGGACACCCGGCACACCUGCCUCCGAGGCUGCCGCUGGCUACGGGGCUGGGAACUGGACUGAGCCUGGGGCUCCUUUGCGACCGUCUCUGGGAGCAGAAGCAGAGGCCAUGCACUACCUUCUCCCCUGUCCGCUUGGUUGUGCCCCCAGGGACUGUGCCCGGCUGCUGACCACACAGGCCACUGGGUAAGGACCGCGGCAGUGUGGCCGGGGGCCAGGCGCUGGCGGCAGCUUCUCCCGAGGACGCUAACGACCUCGGUUCACACGUGGGGUUGCAGCCUCCGAAUCUUCCCUCGGAGGCUGAUUUGCGUUACGUCCUAGCUGGCCGGUGCUGGCCGCGUUGUCGGCCUUGCCUCGGGAGGACACGUCCUCCUUGAGUUGGGCUGCGUGAAGGAACGCUGACGGCCCCUGGUGACAAAGCCGCGGGCUCGGGCCCCUCCUAAGCACCUUGUGAGUUCUGUGUUUUUCUGCUGAGCUGCCCAGCAGAGUGGAGAAUCCCUCCCUCUGCUGUCAGGAGACCCGGAGCAGAGUAAGGAAGUGGGGGUGGUGGGGACCGGCCAGCCUCGCCCCGUGGGCGCCACAGCAAGCGGAGUGGACGGAGGGGCUUCCUGCUCUGCACCCAGGAGGCUGCGGGAUUGGAGGCCCCUCCUGGGCCACUGCCCCGUGGUCCCCACGUCACACACAUCACGGAGGCUGCUUGGAAGUGAUCAUCGCCACGGAGCUCUCCUGAGUCCACGCCUCACAGGCACCAGAUCCUCGGCUGGUGGUACCGGGGCCAGACCAGCAGGUUGGAGAGAGAGCAGAGAUGGGCCCCAGGGGACGGCCCAGGGGCCAUGUUCGAGGCCUGGGACAGCAGGAGGGACAGCUCAGACAAACAGCCACUCAGCAGUCGUGUGGGCGUCCCCCUCUGCUCCCCUCCCCACACAGAUUCCAGCCGCCGCCCCCGCCCCCUUGCCUGCAGGGAACACGAUCCAAGACCCCAGGGGCUGCCUGAAGCUGUGCUGGUACCAGCCCCCGCCUUUUCCUAGACACGGCCACCUAUGAAAAUGCCCGAUUUAUAAAUUAGGCCUGGCUGGAGCAACAGGAGGGUCUGAUGGUCACAGAACGGCUGUGGCAACAGCACUCGCGUGGACGUGGCCUCCGCGUCGCUCCGUGAUUCGCUCUUUCACUCAAAGGAAGCCUUCACGGCUUCUCCCUGGGGCACCUGCUGGCCCCUGGGGCCACUGAUGGCUCAAACGGUGUCCUGUGGCACACGCCUGGGGCGGCCUGGUGCUCUGGCCAGCUUCUCGUUGACGAACGGUCACGCACAUGCGGGAGCUCUGCUCGGGGCAUGCUUUGUGGACAGCUGGAGAGGUGGUCGCUCUACCCAGAAGGCAGACUUUUAGGGCUUCAUGCCCAGGCCUCUUUGGGAGUGGUAGUGGCCCAGGAAUGGCAGCUCCAGACCAGGGGACGACAAGUGAUGUCCAGUGCACUGUGCCGUCCUCCGGGCCGUGGCAGCUGCCUGUGGGGCCCCCUGGGCCGUGUUUCCAGCUCACCUCUAAUCACUCUUGAGGUUUGUUAAGAAGGGUUUGGUGGGGGCGGGCCUUGUGCUGCAGGGUUAUGUCACCAACUUGCAAUGCUGGCCCAUCCUGGAGUGCUUGUCCGAGUCCUGGCUGCCCCAUUCCCCGGAUCCAGCUCCCUGCUAAGACACCUGGGAAGGCAGUGGAGAGGGCUCGAGGACUUGGGCCCCUGCCACACGUGCGAGAGACCAGGAUCCGGAGUUCCAGGCUUCUGACGUCUGCCUGGCCCAGCCCUGGCUGCUGUGGCCAUUUGGGGAUUGAACCAGCGGACGGAAGAUCUCUAUGUCUCUCCUCUCACUGUCACUCCACCUUCCAAAUAAAUAAAUCUUAAA